AUGCGAGCCAUUGUAAAGGGUGUAAACGAGGGCCGCAACGGAUUGGGGUCGAUAUUCGUUUGGGCAAGUGGAGAUGGUGGUGAAGAGGACGACUGUAACUGCGACGGCUAUGCUGCUUCAAUGUGGACCAUAUCAAUUAAUUCGGCUAUAAACAGCGGCGAGAACGCUCAUUACGAUGAGUAA